CAUUAACGGUGAAGAUGGAGAGUCCUGGCGUCUCCCCGCCACGGAUGGACUGGGAGUCUUCCAACCUUCCCGAUACCUGGAGAAAGUUUCGCCAGCAUGUUGAGCUGAUGUUUUCCGGUCCCCUGCAGGCUAAAAAGGAGGAGGAAAAGUGCAGUUAUUUCCUACUUUGGGUCGGUGAGAAAGGCCGCGACGUGUUCAACACAUGGACUCUGACAGCGGAGCAGAGGAAACUCCUCAGGACUUAUUAUGACAGGUUUGAGGCUCAUGUGACGCCCAAGGCAAACCCCAUUCUUGCACGAUAUAAGUUUCACGAAAAGACACAAGGGCAAAAUGAGAGUUUUGACCAGUUUGUGAGUGAGCUAAGGCUGCUGGUGAAAGACUGCAACUACCCCAAUAGCGAGGAGAUGAUCAGAGACCGCGUUGUUUUUGCCAUACAUUCACCGAGAGUUCGUGAACAGCUGCUUUGCCACGGCCCAGACCUCACGCUGGAGAAAGCUGUGGAGAUUGCACGCUCACAUGAGCUGUCACAGCUGCAACUCGAGCCUAAUAUGGCUGAUCAGUCUGUGCAUGCAGAGAGCAGGACAAUGAAACCAGAGCAAACAAGCAAACCGACCCCCGGGACGGAGGGUGACAGCACCCUUGGGUGCAGAGAGGGUGCUGCAGGGCGAGGGCUCUGCCGCACACACGACUGGCCAGCUAAAGGACGACAAUGCAACAAAUGCAAGAAAUCUAACCACUUUGCUAAGGAACAACACCUGAGGAAAAUGUACCCUGGACAGUCUUUUGACAGCUUUGAUCACUUCAGCAAAGUACUGAAAGGAUGGAGUGAAGAGGGAUAUCAUCCGGUUCAUAAGGAGAGAUCUGAAAAGAUUCAGGAUGAAACUCUCCUUAGUACAAUCAAGUACUCCAGAUUGACUUUAUCCUGUGUCCACUAUGGUGCUAGGAGAACAUACCAAAGCAAUCAUGAAAGACCUUUCCAACAUAGUUUGCGGAUGGGGUGCCCUGUGAUCAUUAAGAUUCGGUAUGACAGAACAGUGAACAAGCUUGUUGUUUCCAAAGUGGUGGAAGAACAUAAUCAUCCCGUAUCUGCUCAGCUGUUCCAGAAAUAUGCCCAGAACAGACGUCCAAAUGCACAGGAAAGGCAAGAAAUUGAGAAACUGCUAGAGUUGAAGGUCAGUGCAGCCACCUUGAAAGGGUUUGUUAAUGACAGAUUUGGAAAGCAAAUGACAUUAAAAGAUUUACACAAUAUACGGCAGCAAGUGAAAAAGGCCAAGCAAAAUAACCUCACAGAUGCAGAUCAGAUUGUCCAUGUCCCUGCUCAGUCUCACCAGGCAGACAUAGUUCCUGAAUCACUGGAGAAAUUUCAUGACACAGCGUAAUGAGGUGUGCGGGGACCCACAACAAUUCAAACUGAUGGUUCAAGCUGUGGGGUAUUUACUUUGAUGGCAAAAUGCUGAAGCUUUGGUCAGGGACGCCAAACCAGAUGUUGUGACUCAAAGACAGGUGAACAGCAUCAGAAGGUACCUUGAGGACCGCUUAAUAGCAGCAGGACAACAUCUCCAAAUCCAUUUGGACAAGAGCCCUGAAUGAGUAAAAAGAGUGAGGAAUUCAGUGAAUUUCACUCAAAGCACUUUGUGUUGUUGUUUUCCUAUUUAUUCCUGCUACAGUUAACUACGUUCUGCAUCAUAUGGCGGAGCUCUGUGAGGCUGGAUUCAGUGUGAUAACUGCAUUUAUCUACUGGAUGUCCUUUAAUUCCCCCUUAGCUGUAAUAGUUUUUAGUUCCCCUCCCCAUGUGAUUGAGAUUUGCCUUAUUCCUGAAAUUCGUCUUUUCUGUCUGGUACUGGGCUGGUUGGAAAUUCUUUUGAAUUCUGGGACAUCAAUCAAAGCUCAACACUGUACACAGCCUUCACCCAGGCCACAUGUCAUGGUUGUAUUUUUUCAUCUCCUUGAACACAGACAUGUCACUCACUGAGCAGUUAUUAAAAUUUGUCAGUUGCCUUUGUUGGGUUGGUUAGGUUUAGGCAUAAGGAGGUUAAAUUAACCCAUAGACCGAGAGGCUCAACCGGUCAAAAAUAUCCUUGGCAGUCAACUGACGGUUAACUGUUGAUAUCCCUAAUAGGAAUAUAUAACGUGAGAAUUCACUCUGUGGCAAAUCUUCUUAUUGACCCAUGAGACGGAGGAAAAAGAACAAUGUUACAAAGGUAACAAAACAAACAUACUGUAACAUAACAACAAAGGUCUCUUCCAUUACUGUCCUUACAAACUAUAGCUAUGUAUGCUACAUACUAAUCCAAAGGAUCUUAAGUAUGUCAGUUGGUGAAUGAGGAAGACAUCUGUGCUGUUCUUUUUGGAUUGCUUGUAAUGGAAGAGACCUUUCUUGGUGCAAAGGUGCACUGAUGACCAACAGAUCAAUUAGAAGAAUCCCUACCAUUAAGUGAUAACGUAUUUGUUACGUUCCUCCUGUAACAAGUUUAUAAGCUCAGUGACAGACAUAUCAGUUCUGGGAGAUAGUGAUGCAGGAUUGUUAUAUGCAGUAUGGCGGUCCUGAAUCUGGCCUACACUUAACACAAAAAGUGUCCUGUGUCAAGUGAAGGUUAUGCUUAAAUCUAAAAUUGGAACCAUGUCAAACAAUAGAGCCAGGCAAACGUCUGCUCUCACGCUUUUGUAUGAACAAUUUUUGUUCUUAUGUCAUUGUAAGAUAUUUUGAAGAGAUUAA